AGUGUAUGCCUGAAGUGAAUAUUACGCAUUUAUCUUGAAAUGAAGUUCUGACAUUUGUGAUUAAUUACAGCAUGGAUUGAAAGCUGCAAAAUGAAGACUAUUGUGUAUUGUUAUGAUGAACAAUUGGGACCUUGGUUUUGCAGUAAAAACUCAUACAUUUGAACCGAAAAUAAAACAGCAUCUUAAUUGUAGGUGUUUUUUUCUGUGGAACACGACUACUAAAAAUUACACCAAAAAUACAUCAUUCGUUCGUCAUAUUAACAAGUAUUAUUUAUACUUAAUUAUUCAUCAGAAAAUAUGUCCGAAGUGCAGAAUGAUAUACAUGACAAAAUUUGCGUACUUUCACCAUUAAAUAAUGGUUAGGUAGAUGUCGGACGCAACUCGCCAAUAUAAAACCACUCGUAAUGUCUUCAUUCAUUAGUUCGUGCUGUCAGGUUUAUGAUAUUGUUUCGCCAUACGUAAGGGUCGUCAUACAUCCGUAUGCCAGUUAUGUGAAUUAAUUCGUAGGAACUGUUGAAACAUUUGUAUUUAUUUAUAAAUCAGUUCUGGAAUUAAAACAACUUGAGUUACAAAUAUCAGAAAAACAGAAGCUGAAGCUGGAUUAAACUCAUUCCUUUCGCAAGUGGCAAGAACGGAACAAAGUAAUAUGUCUCCACGUGCAUCAAGCAUCCCCGUAUUCCUCCUGGCUGUAGCCUGUGUGUGCCUUGGUCAGAAUCAACAGUUCCCCUAUGAAAACAUGAUCGUAAUGGCUCGUAACCUUGACCCAACAAACAGGCUCGCAAGCGGGCUCGGUCCGAAAAGUGGGCUCGGUCCGAUAAGCGGACCCGGGCCGUCAAGUGGGAUAGGUCCGUCAAAAAGUGUCGGUCCUUUCGGUGGAGUCGGUCUGCCAAGUGGAGUUGGUCGGUCCAGUGGAGUUGGAUCGUCCAGUGGAGUCGGUCCGUCAAGCAGGCUAGGUUCAAACAGCCGUAUCGGUCCGUCAAGCGGGCUCGACUCGUCAGCUGGGCUUGGUUCAACAAGUGGGCUCGGUCCGUCAAGUGGACUUGAUCCGUCGAGUAGGUUCGGUUUGUCAAACGGGCUAGGUGCAACAAGCAGACUUGGUCCGUCUAGUGGGCUCAGUCAAUCAACUGGGCUCGGUUCACCAAGUAACCUCAUUGAAUCAAAGGUCGGUCCGUCAAGCGGGCUGGGUUCAACAAGCAUGUUCGGAGCAACAAACAUGCUCUUUCCUGAUCAGAAGUGUAACCUCCGACCAUCUGGGCUCGGUUCCGGCUGGUACGAAGAGAAUGUGUUUGGAAUGUGGAUCCAGCGACCAUGUGGACCCGGCUCCGCAUUUAGCGCGUCAACGUGCGAGUGCUCGCUCGCAAUAUAGUUACGUCAUCAAUUUGUGUGUAUAUACUAUUCGGGAAGAGUAAAUUCUAUGAAAUAGGGCUUUUGGACAAUAUUUUGCACAAAUAUGCAGAAUACCAGAACGUGUGCGUUUUAUUUAAAUAAACUUAGAAAGUGACAACCACACGUGUAUACACGGGUUCUAGGGACCCUAUAUUUAUUGUCUUGUAUGUUCUGAAGUCCGUGUAUCUGUAUGUUGUCACUGUAGUUCAAAUCAAAGAAAAAAGUCGAAGCAGUUUCUCAAAUAUUGACCUAGCUUCUGUUUCACCUGUACGACUUACUGAUGGCUCAUUCGGAACACCUCGGCCGUUUUUACCGAAAACUACCUCGUAUGUAUAAUGGUACAUUAGUAGAAGUAGUUCGUAAAAUUUUGAAAUCUAUUUUAAUAAAAUGUAGUGUUUUAGCUACUAUUUGUAGAUCUAAGUAUGAAUAGAUUGUCAGUGAAGGGUAUUAUUUCAAACAUAUAUAAGAUUCCUAAGUGUUAAGUCAUUAAGUUUGACUAUAGAUAGAUUAUUAACAUUGAAAGCCGUCCAUAUUCAUCUGAGGUUGUUUUCGAACAAAAUGUCCGAGGAGCUCCGAAUGACUGAUAACUUACCAAAAGUACUGUACCGCAGCUUUGAAAACGCUGCUUUCCAUUGGAUAAAAUACAAAUUAAAAAAUACCACUGUAAUGUUUUGGAACGUAAAUGUCUGGUAUUUAGCUUAUGAAACUGCAUUUCAAUAAAUAACUCGUUAUUAUCAAGGCAUUGCUGAAUAAAACAUCUUUUGUCGCCAGACUGAUUAAUUGGUUUGACCAUAUGUGUGUUGUCAUGUACUUACACUCAUUUAUUAAAACUUGUCAUUUUAUCAGUUAUUUUUUUUCCUUGUUAAUUGACAUUUCAUGUGUAUAGUCUUGUUAAUAAUUGUGAAAUAAAUACUUCCAAAUGACA